AAACACGGUUGGUCGCAAAAGGUUCUUUAACUAACUGGUGAAUACCGUGUCUUUACAGGUCAUAUAAAUAAAAACAACAUAAUUUGACAGCAUAAUUUACAAUGACACAUUAUGUUUUAUUUAAUCUAUAUGUGAUACGCGUUUAUUUUACUGUUCUGUAAUCACGCGAGUAACUUUACGGCAGUGUUACGUCAGUGGUGUCCUUUCGGUUUGCGGCAGGGUAGCAUGUGGAGGUCAGAGAUGUAGAAACGCUUCGUCAGAGAAUAAAAACUUUAAUUAUUAAACAUCAGCGUUUGAUAACUCGACAUAGUGUCAUCUAUGCGGAUUUACAUCAGACAUUAUUGAACACAAGGCUGUCGGUGAAGAGAUUUUGUGUGGAUAGUCUCCAUUAGUUUGACGCGGGUCAGUAAGGAAGAAUUGUAAUCAGCGAAGCGGUAUUAACUGUAUAAGUGAAUCUCCGAAAACAUGGAUAACAACACACCGCCACCGGGAGGAUUUAAAGGAGGACUCGGGAGCAUUUUUGGUGGAGGAACCCCUGAGUAUUCAAACACUGAGCUUUCAGGAGUACCGUUGACUGGAAUGAGUCCUCUUUCCCCAUACCUCAAUGUUGACCCUCGUUACCUCAUACAGGACACUGAUGAGUUCAUCUUGCCAACUGGGGCAAAUAAAACUCGUGGUCGCUUUGAGCUGGCCUUCUUCACCAUUGGUGGAUGUUGUAUAACAGGUAAGACCUUUUUUGUAGUCUUGAUCAACCGUUUGUCUUUAUUCAUUUUAACUGGUGCUUGUUUCUUUAAAGGAGCUGCUUUUGGGACACUCAAUGGUCUCCGUAUGGGCCUGUCAGAAACUAGAGACAUGCCAUGGUCAAAACCCAGAAAUGUACAGAUUUUGAACAUGGUCACACGACAAGGGGCAUCGUGGGCCAACACACUAGGAUCAGUAGCUCUUUUGUAUAGCGUGUUUGGUGUGGCCAUUGAGAAGGCCAGGGGUGCAGAGGACGACCUCAACACAGUGGCAGCUGGAACAUUAACCGGGAUGGUAUUUAAAUCCACAGGUGGACUCAAAGGAGUUGCCAGAGGAGGUCUCAUUGGUUUAGCCAUGUCAGGGCUGUAUGCUCUGUACAACAACUGGGAUCACCUAAAGGGGAAAUCUCCUUCACAUUACUGAGAAUGACUGAGAACUCAAACCAUGGACUUAUUUUGACUCUGAGCCAAUUCUUGGUAUUUAUUGCCCCCCUUUGGAGAUCCAUUCAUUUCUACAAGAUACAAAAGGACCACCACAUGUGCACAGAUUCUUUAAAGUUAGGUUAAGUAAACUAUUUAAAUGGAAAUACCAAACUGCCUCCAAAUAUGUGGACUAUGUUGCAAUGAAUUAGCUGGUAACAUCGUGUUCGUUCAUGUAUGUUUUUGUUGAUGUUAAGUUGCAUCUGGAGGAACUCUAUGCUUUGAUUACGAGAUUUUAUCUGUUCUCAUUGUGGAUUUAUGCGUUUUUUCAGUGCUGAUUAAACUGGGUUCUUCCUCUUUAGAAUGGACUGUAAUAAAAUGCAAGUUCCCACUGUUAAA